CAUAUUUUUUCUUUCAUCCAGGUUACCUUUGAUGUACAUUCAUGAUAUAGAGUGAGGAAGGCACUAAUCGAGGGAACUAUUGGAUUGAAGUUUGGACGCAGGCAUCUUGAGAUAGAAUGAUCAGUAGCAGAAUGGUCGGCAGACGGGAUAGCAUGGGACAAUGACCUGGUCUGUAAAGGAGAGGAAAUUGGUAAAAGGAGAGUGGCGUCAGAGACUUUGUAUGCCCUGCCCAAUGUGCAGCAGUAAAUGAAGUAUGUUUAGAAGGAAGGAGAUGUGAAGUUACAUUGGAACAGAGUGAUUCAUACUUUGGAUAUUGCAAGGCUCUGAGAGCUUGGACUCACUGGAUUGUUUGAUCUGGACCACAUUUCAUUGCCAUUAGAAUUUAUUUGAUCUUCUUUUUGGAACACAAAAUAUACAUUGGUGGUGUUUUAAUAGAGGGAUACCUUAACUACUCUAGGCAUGGAGAUGUCCAUGUGUAUCUGGUUAAUGAUCUCCCUCAUUCAUCUUGCUUCAUCUCAAGCUCCAAGAGGAAGAUUUAACUCAUAUCAAUGGAGAACAGGAGAUUGGGGACCAUGUUCUGGGAAUGAAUGUGGAUUUGGAGGGACACAGCGAAGAGUAAUUUGGUGUGAGAGCAUGGAUGGUACUACAGCUGACCAUUCAGACUGUGUAGGAGAAGAACCACCUCCUGGUACAAGGGUAUGCUUCAAGGUAUGUCUUCUACAUAGGAACCUCUUCCAAUGGCAAGUCAAUGACUGGGGACAGUGUACCCAGAACAAUAACCUAGAGAUCGCCACAACAGGAGAUGUAACAUCCUGUGGACCAUCAUCCUUUGGUCUUCAAGAACGUACUGUCUCCUGCAUGGAGAUAUCAACGUCAUAUGUUCAGCGGAAUGCAGAUGGUUCGGUACCAGACUACAUCUGCGAACAGUUCACCGCCAAGCCUGCAAUCUUUCAAGAAUGCAUCACACCUUGUGCCCAAGACUGCAUUGUGACACAGUUCUCACCCUGGAGUCCUUGCUCAAAGUCUUGUGGCAAUGGCACCCAAUCUCGGGCCAGACGAGUUGUUAUACCACCUUCCAAUGGUGGACAGGGUUGUCCAUCACUGAGUGAAACUAAGGCAUGUUCUACAGGUACACCUUGUGAAGAAGAGGAAUUAUUUUCCUUUAGUCCAGUUGUCUCUACCUGGGGUCCAUGUACCGUAUCUGGAGGAUUCUCAUCUGAAGGAUCUGAUAUUGGACUACAAACAAGGAGACUCUGGUGUCAAAGAAGUGAUGGCAAAAAUGUCAGAACAAGCAUGUGUUAUCGAGAUGGAAUCUACAAGGAGCCACCUCAAGACCAGGUUUGUGUCAUACCGGUCAACUGUCAUGUCUCUGGGUGGUCAGAAUGGUCAUCAUGUUCAGAUCCUUGCUCAUCAAACAUGGUCACUCAUUCUGUCAGAAAGAGAACUGUCCUCAAAGUACCAAAAGGUGAUGGUGAAAGAUGCCCUGAACUAGUCCAGAAGAGGACCUGUGCCUAUGAUUCAAACCCAUGUCCAAGGGUGAAGUAUGUAUGGAAGACAUCAGCUUGGUCUGAAUGUGACAUCUUACCAGGUUCAUCUGGAAAUGAAGAUGGAGAUGAUGAUGAUGAAGAAAGAGGUCCAUGUGGAGGAGGAUUAGCAUCUAGAGAAGUAUUCUGCACCCAUAUCAAUGAUACAGCAUCAAUGCCAUUACCUGAUGACCUCUGUGAUCCAGGAGAACGACCUGGUACAAUAACAGACUGUCAUGUACCAUGCCCUAAACCAUGCAGGGUUGGCCCAUGGACUAGCUGGGGUCCAUGCAUAUCAUUUGCAUGUGAUGUGACAGGUACCAAAAAGGCAAAAGGACAUAUACAUCGUUCUCGAGAAAUAGUUGCCCCUCCUGAGCAUCAUGGUAGAAAGUGUCCUCAUUUGACUGAACAUGCCCCAUGUAACAUUCAGCUUUGCUUUAGAUGGGUAGCAGAGGAAGCAACCUGUCAACCAAGUGAUGCACAAACUAUGUGUGGAGAGGGUGUUAUGACCAGAAAUAUCUACUGUAUCAACUCACAAGAAAUUCGAAUUGAAGAUGAGUCUAUGUGUGAGGCCCUCAGUAACAAACCUUCAGCAGAGAUAAGCUGUGAGGCCCCAUGUUCAUCUGAUUGUGUGUUAGGUGAAUGGGGACCAUGGAGUGAAUGUUCUCAAUCAUGUGAAUCAGAGACAGGUAGACCAGGUGGUGUCCAGGAACGUUACAGAGUCAUCUUAGCUCAGCCUGGACCUGGUGGAGCUGAAUGUCCUGAUGUGGAGAGUGCUGAAAUGAAAGAAUCCAGAGUUUGUAACCAUCAUAGUUGUACCCUGUUUGGUUGGCUUACUACGGAAUGGGGAGAAUGUUUACCAAGUCCAGAGAAUACAGAUCAAACUACUACACCAGAUGAGUAUGGGAGCUGUGGAACAGGUACUCAAACAAGAAAUGUUAGUUGCAGUCGGGUCAGUCCAGCUAAGAUUGCACCAGAUAAAAGAUGUUUUGCCCCAGUACGUCCUCCUGCUUCUCGGUCAUGUGACGUACAGUGUACCUUGGAUUGUAUUGUAUCAGAGUUUGGAGACUGGACACCCUGUCCCCCAACUUGCUCUACAGAUGGAUCCCUGGCCACGCAAGAGAGAAGACGUUACGUCUUGCAGCAACCACAAAACGGAGGCGAGGAAUGUCCCACUUUACUUCGUGAAGAAAGAACAUGCAACAAGCCAGACUCCUGCUAUUCCUACACCUGGUUAGUUGGCACGUGGAGUGAGUGUCGGUUGACUGGGAUAGAUGUCAUUAGUAUAGAUGGAAUUCAGGAGCAAUGCGGAGAUGGACUCAAAACCAGAGGUAUCCAAUGUGAGCGUAAUGAUGGUAGUAUCAUGGAGAGUGACCUAUGUCUACAGUAUGGACCACCGAUGCCAUUAUCAUCUCAACCAUGUAGAGUAGCAUGUGCAGAUGAUUGUCGUAUGACGGAUUGGUCACCAUGGACCAACUGCCAUUCUCAGUGUACAGGAUCGCAGAUUAGAAGACGUAGAGUAAUGGGUCGUAGUCAGCGUCAGCCAGAAUGCCUGAACACUGAGAUCUACCCUCGGACAGAAUCACGCCCCUGCAAGUGCCCUUCCUAUCGUCUUGUUCCUAAAGGGAAAUGGUCUGAUUGUCUUCUUGGUGGACCUCAGUUUGAGGUACAAGGAAUGAGAAGCAAUGAUGAACAGCUAGAAUGUGGAAACGGUAUCAAAUAUCGACCCUUAGUAUGUCUGGAUCAAGAUGAUAGAUAUGUGGAUGUCACACAUUGUGGAACUGAAAAUGAUUUCAUGGAAGAACACUGCGCUGUCCCCUGUCCAGUAGACUGUGAGCUUAGUGAUUGGUCAGAUUGGAGAUCAUGUAAGCAAAGUGGUAUAGGUGUGACCACUAGAUGGCAGCAGAUAGUAACACCAGCGUUAAAUGGAGGUAGACCAUGUCCAGAACAUAAUAACAACUGGAUUGAUGAAUCGAAGAAAUGCCGUGUGGGUAUUGGAAGAUUAGAUGCAUCAUGGCAGGCAGGGGAUUGGCAGAGCUGUGUUGUUAGUAAGGUCAUCAGUACGAAUGAUGGAAAGGAUUGCGGUCAUGGUGUCAAGAGAAGAGGUGUUUCCUGUGUAAUUCCUGUAGACCAUGGUUUCCGAGCACAAGUUACUAACCUAUCAGAGUGUGAUGCUAGUAGAAAACCUGUACUGGUAGACGCUUGUAUUGAACAUUGUCCAGGACAAUGUGUGGUUAGCAGCUGGACUGAAUGGACUACAUGCCCACAGGACUGUCCACAAGACACCUUCCGUACCCGCAACCGUCUCAUCCUUCGUAAUCCGAUUGACACAACUGACGAAGAUGGCCCUUUAAGCUGCCCUCAUUUGAUAGAGAGAGAACAGUGUAUGCCAGGGAUCAACUGCUUUACCUACAUCUGGAACUCAACAGAAUGGAGCCCAUGUCAACUAGAGAAGGGCAAGAUCUGUGGAGAAGGGGUUCAGGAUAGGCUCCUGCAAUGUCUGCGAAGCGAUGGACGCAUUGUUGAGGUCUCAAAAUGUGAAGAGUUUUCUACAUCCAUGCCUCUGACUACAUCUCAGUCAUGUGAAGUAGCAUGUCCAGUAGAUUGUAAACUAACACAGUGGACUGAAUGGUCAGAAUGCUCUAAAACAUGUGGCAAUGAUGCUGUAAGAAUGAGACAUCGCAGUAUUCUACAGGAGCCCAACCAGAAAGGACGACCAUGUCCAUCUUCUUUAACUCAAGAUAAACCAUGUAAAGCAGUACCAUGUUAUGAUUGGGCUAUUACACAAUGGACUGAUUGUACAACACUGAUUGGUGAAUGUGGUGCUGGCGUGAGAAAGAGGAAUGUGACAUGUCGUCAGCCUAAUGGGUUAGCCGUUCCAGAUAGCUUCUGUCUUUUCACAAGGAGCACAGACAUCUAUGAUAAGAACACUAACAUCACAUCACAUGGACAUGAAUUCUUAGAGAGAGAACAUUUUUGUGAAGUACCUUGCCCUGGUGAAUGUCAUCAUACUUCAUGGAGUCAAUGGAGUGUAUGUCAUAGAACAUGUGUACAAGGUAGACCUAUAGGUUCUGAAGGUAUCCAGGUGAGAUCUCGAGCCAGUCUAACCACUGAUAGAGUAUGCCCUGGAGAUGAUUGGGAAACAAGAACAUGCUCAGGUGAGCGAUGUUAUUUGUUUGAAUGGUUUGUUGGUGAUUGGGAGAGAGAUCAACGAGAUGUCUGGUGUCGAAGGUCAGAUGGACUCAAUGUCACAGGUGCCUGUACCCUUGAUAAACCAUCCAGUAGAUCCAUAUGUAAUCCUGAAUGUUACAUUGAAUCUUCAUACUGUACAGAAGAUAAUAGAUGUGUGUGUGACUUGGGUUACAAAGCUAUUUACAGUAUGAGUAGUGGUCAGCUUGAGGCAUGUCUCCAUGUUGGUUACAUGUCUCCUAUGGUCCAUACAGAGUCUGACCCAUCACUAUCUCCUGGACCAUCUGGUAGACCAGGUACUGCUGGAGAACUCACCAAUUCUGGUGAUUCUGGAAUAGGUACUGGUAACUCUGUGAAUACUGGAUUAAAUAACAAUGCACAAGCUGGUAAAGGUCAGAACAACCCAACUGAAACACCAAAACCACCUCAACAACAAUCAUUUCUAGCUGCCCUCCCUCCUUGGGUGUAUGCUAUAGCAGCAGUAGUUGUCCUUCUCAUAGUGAUUGUAGCUGUAGUACUCUGCUGUGCCAAUUGUUGUAGGUGUGCACCGAAGAAGAGAGAGGAGGAGAAAAAACCUGAACCAGAUUAUUCCAUGUACUGGGAUGAAACUGUUCAGAAGAAAUACACAGGAGAGAUCGAAUUAUGACUAGAUGUUAACAAACAGAAUACAGAGAUUGAAAAGGGUCAAGCUGCAGUGGUUAAUCGUCGUAGUGUGGCUGCAUGUACAGCGCCAUCAACAGGUCAAACCAGGGAGAGGAGAGAUGUAGAGAAAGAGCUAGCCAGGAGAAGUGAUGGCUUUGCGUUAGGGAAUCAAUCAACAUAUGUCAGCUAUAGGUUCUCAAGAGAUGGAACUGAAGUUGGAUCUCAAUGUUGAUUGAAGAUAAGAGAUUAUGAUUACAAAAAACAAACUUUUUGACCAAAACUUCUUCAUGCUGCGUUGUUUGAUUGUUCUUGAUACAAAGAGAUGUAUGCGAUCCUAGGAAGACUUGAAAGUAGAGGAACUUAUCAUGAAUGGAAAAGACAGAAUCACCCUCAUUGAGUAAUUGAUUCUGUAUGAAAUGGUGGCCAUCAAUGUUUCAACUUGAUCCUGAAUCCUUAUCAUCAGCUCCAUCACAAGUAAACUGGUUUGCUUUUUAAGCCUCACAUGAAAUUGUUGCUGGGAUUGAAUACCUCUGUCUCUACACUAGAUACCAUGCUUUUACUCACACUACAAUCAUGUUCAUCAGCCGACAGAAAGGAAUUCUGUAGAGGGCAUGUAUGAGAGAACACCAUGUUGUUAUAGCUCUGGACCUCCUAAUAUAUAUAUAACAGAAGAAAAAUGGAAGGGGUAAACAAUUAUAUUGUGAUUUCACAAUUUCACAGUACAUGUUUGUAUUUAAAGAUAAGCAAUUGUCAAGGCUGGUCAACUUGUACAGGUGAUAUGGUACAAUUUAACAGGACAUGAAAGCAAGAUCGAGAUGGACCCCUUUGUAUAAAAGUUAUUUAUUAUGAUAACUUUGCAAUCCAAUUGUAUUUCCAAGCAAUCCCUAAUUUUGAUUUGCUGUUGAGCAUUGUUACCAUUGUAACUUUCAUGCAAAAGAGCCCAGCUAUGCUUUAUAUAGAAUGUGAUAAAAUGUAAUGAGGAUGAAAUAAUGUUGGAUCUGAGUGAUGUGCAAAGAAUGAACUGUGAUGAAAAGAUGGUAUCAUUAAGGUAAUGGUGAUUGCAUAUUUUAUGAGAAAGCUUCUAUCCUUGUAUUCUGUUUGUUAGACCUCAAUUGGUCAAAGGAUUAAUGUGAAAUUAUGCGCUGAAUGUACAAAGAAAAUAUGGCUGUGUUUGAUUUGAUUAUUGGACAAAUAUAUGAUUACUUUCAUGUGAAGAAGUUAUGAUAAAAGGAUAAGUAAUAAGCAAUGAUGAUAGUAAUUUGGAUGAAAAAUCCUGGAAUUUGAUAUCGGUUUACAUGAAUGUGAUAUCGGUUAUCACAGUUGAAUCUGAAAAUGAUAUUAUGAUUUGUAAAGUGGAUGAUUGAACAUUAUUUUAACAAAUGGUAUUUGAAGAAGAUUGACCUUUGCCUUGUACUUGAAUGGAAAGCACAAUCUGGGUAGUAUUUCAUGAAAGGACUUGUCAGACAGUUAACAGUCAGACACCUGUGCUUUUCAGCCGAUCAAAAUUAGUAAUCUGUCAGAUGACAAAUGUUGAUGUCACUCUCUCAACUUGACAUUGGUUUUAAUAAAUAAAAAGAAAAUUUGAGAAACAUAAUGGUGAUGACCAUCUAAAAUCUAUCAAAGAGUUGUGGAUUUAUUACAUAUGCAGCUCCCCAGAUGUUAUAUCAAUUCCAUUAGAUGUUAUUUUCUCAGAAAAUUUGAAGUUUUUUCUCCCAUGCAUUCAAUACAUCAUGAGUUUAUAUGUGAAAAAAAAUCAGUCAUCAUCAACUAUUAGAAAAUGAGAAUUCAUGGAAUUCAUAUACAUGACGUACGGGGCAGCUGCUAGCAUACAUGUAUGACAUCAUAAAAAUCAACACAUUCAUUGAUGAGCUGUUCUUUACAUCAACUGGAGACAAACUUGAUGUAAGGGUAGGUUUCCCCUUUAAAUGAUAAGAUACUUCAUUGGUGCUAAAAAAAGAUAGACCAGAGCCUGAUAUUUAUUCUUAUUUUUGUUCAUUAGUAUGUAAGAUAGAUUUAUCAUAUUAAAACAGAAUUGCAUCAAAUAUAUCUAACAAGGGAAUUUACCCAUUGAAAAAAAUAUGAAAAGUCAAUUGAUGGCAAAAUGCCAAUUAAUUUCCAUCCAAACCUAGAAUUAUAUAUCAUUUCAAUAUGUACUAAUAUUUGGCAAUAUGGAGCAAAUCUGUAGCAAUACAUGUACAUUCAUAGAGAGAACUGUCAAAUGAAACAGAAAGGAAAGGAAAGGCUCAAAAGAAGGCCCUGACAUCGCAAGAAUAUUCUUUUAUUCUAUGCAAUUUUCAGAGAAAAAAAACAAACAGAAGAAAAUAUGUGCUUUCAGUCUGAUAUGGCAGAUAUUUUUACUGUUACCUUUAAAACAUUUUUCCACUUUUGCGCUACUUAAAAAUGCAUCAGUAUAACUUCCCCUUCACCCUCAUAUAUUCUAACCAUAAAACACCUUGUUAUUUAAUAGUCAUUAGUCUGUUUCUUUUAACACCUCUCUAUUUCAGUAAAGAUUGACAAGUAUGCAGACUGUAAGAACGGUCAAGCCAUGUUUUUUUAUUAGUUUGCAUAUCUGCAAAUGUUGCUUUAGAAAUUAUGCCAGGAAAAAGCAAGCUCUUAUGUGAGGUGCAUUAAUAGAAUAGAAAAUGGAUUGUACAAAUUUUUGUAAAUUAUCUCAGUGUAUAUUAUGAAGUGAAUAGAAUGUUUGUUUUAAGGAUUUCCAUACAUUUAACAUAAAAUUUUUAAAAACGUGUGACAUUUCAUUUAACAUGUGAUUAAUAUUUAAUCGGAAUAAUUGAUUAAAAAAAAGGACUGUAUAUACACUAUUAUGAAUGUCUGACAAGGAGAAUGUCUUUCUUUUAAAUGAUCUAAUUUAUUUGGUCUGAAAUGGUUUAUCACAAUGAAAGGGGAGGAGUUAUUUUACAUUUUAAUAUCAGUGAGCUCAAACAAAAAGUGUAGUUGAUUAAAAUCUUUAAAAAAAUAUUAUUAUGAUUACAUGAGAUUGGCUGGUAUUUGACUCCAGAUUUUAACCCACAUUUAUAACUAAAUAAAGUUAGUUAAGCCAGAGCUUGUGAUCAAAUUUUUAUUUCCAAAAUUUCUUUCAGCAAUAUUUGUAGUUCUUUGACUGUAAUGUGAAAAAAAGUAUUUUUGUGACAUAUAAUGUAUUUCCCUUUUCCACACAUAUUUAUUCUACUAUAAUGUUGUAGCUUAUCAUGUGUACCUAUAAAAAGCUAAUACUUGUGUAUUGAUCAUCUUUUUUAUAAACAAAGAUAUAUAUCAAUUCAUUCAAAAAUUUAUAUAUAUAUACAUGUGUGAACCUCCCCUCUACAGUAUAUAUUUAUAGGCAUGUCAAAUUAGCUUUUCUUUCAAAUGCAAUUUUAGAUUUAAAAAAAUUUGUAGUUCGUUUCACAAGUAUAGAUGAGAAAAUUAAAUUAAUGUAAAGAUCCCACCUGUAUUUUCUUUUUCCCCAUCCCAUCAAAUAUAUAUAUCUUUUUGUUUUCAUGUUGGAUGUCUUGCCUUCUCUGUGUAAGUAAUGUUAAUCUGACUAUAAAUAUUCAUCCAUCAUCUUUCAAUGUGUCAUGUAAUUAUUGUAAAUAUUGUUUAUUUUACUAAAUUAUUGAAAAUGAUAUUCCCUGUUGUGGAUGUGAAUUCGCCAAUGUAUUUUCUAUGAAUGUGAUGAAAAAAAGCUUUUGUUUUUUUUUUCUUCCAACUUUAUGUUCUGAAAAUGAAAGGAAAUUAUUACGUUUGAAUGGUGUAAUGUUUUACUAUGGAGCUGUGUAGUCUUUUUAAUAUGAGUGUCAAACUUUCUUUUCUUUUCGGAAUAAAGAACAAAUUAUCAAUGAAUUUGUAAUUGUUGUUGUUAUAAUUGAAGUUCUGUCGACAGUAGUAUGAUCUAUUAAUCAAAAUGAAGACAGUGUUAAAAAAAUAAAAGGACACAAACAUAAGGGUUUGUUGAAGAUUCUGUCACAGCCAACAUACAGUAAUAUGACAUGCAAUUAUGAUUAAAUUUUGAUUCCAAGAAUAGACAUAUUUUCUAGAUAACUACAAUUAAACAGACCAUAAGUUUAAAAAAAAUUGCCUUUUUAUAGUUAAACAUUUAUUCAUUUUCUGAAAACAUUUUUCCAGUUAUAUACUGAUAUCUUUCACAAAUAUAUGCAUAUUGGACAAACAAGCAUCAAAUUAUAUCAAAUCACAUUGUUGAACAAAUUGUUUUACAGGUAAUAUUUCUCAUUAUACACACAAACAAGAUCUAUGAGUUACACUGGUAAGCUUUUGGUACUGUGUAAUUAAAUAUGUAAAUCAUGAUUUUUUUUAUAUAUAUUGCAAUAACUACUAUUCACGAACAAUUAAAAUCAAAUAACUGACAAUUAGAAAAGCUCUCAAAUAUGUGAAGAGAUUUGAAGUAUAUUAAUUACAUGAUUUCAAAUACUCUCCCUAUUCACAUACAAAUAAUUAUAAAUAAAAUCCCGUUGUCAAAAAAGCACACAUGUAUUUUGAUAUCCUGCAUACAAUCUCCCACACCUAAGAAUUACAUGCACCAAGAAUAGUACUGACAAAGCAGAAAGUAUAUAUGCUACGUGGUAAUAGAUCAAUAUUUAGUAUUUGGUUACAUGAUAACCGAUGGUCAAGAUAACAUACAAAAUUUCAUAAUAGAUGAAAAUCAUAGUGGUAGUUACUUGAAAUCUCUAUUGAAUGGGUGGAAGUAAGGCAUGUUUUCAAAUAAACUUUUUGCUUUUUUAGUUGGAUAUUCUUUGGAAAAUACUGAUACAUGUAUAUAAUCACAUUGUAGCACCUGACAUAUCGAAUGCUGUAGCAUUUGAAUAAUAAAUCCUAACUGGGACAUAUUUUGUUAUAUUGUUUCAUUUUUAUUGCAUUUCUCUAACUACAAACAUGGUCAAUUUACCUUGAUGUUUGGGAUUUUGUUCAAAG